AUGGAAGGCAAGCAAACCAGAGGCAGGCAAAAGAUCGCAAUAAAAAGGAUAGAAAACGAAGAUGACAGGCUCAUCACAUUCUCGAAACGUAGAUCUGGGAUCUACAAAAAGGCAAGCGAGUUGGUGACUCUAUGCGGUGCUGAGGUUGCUGUGCUAGUGUUCUCACCAGCCGGCAAGGCUUUCUCCUUUGGCCAUCCAUCUAUAGAAUCUGUUGCAAAUCGCUUUCUUGGACAGAACAUAGCACCAAAUGAUAAAACCCAACCUCUUGUUGAGGCUCACAGAAAGGUGAGAAUUAACGAGCUAAACCAGCAACACAAUGAACUACUUAGCGAGGUGGAAGCUGAGAGAGACCGAGGAAAGCUGCUAAAGGAAGGGAAAAGUGAGAAAUCAAGCCAAGGUUGGUGGGAAGUUCCCAUUGAUGAGCUUAGCCUGCAAGAGCUUAAGCAAAUGAAUGUGAUGCUAGAAGAGUUUCAUAAGAAUUUGUACAAAAAAAUUAAUGAGCUCAGAAGAAAUGGAGGUGCAUCUUCAUCAUCUUUCCAAGCUCAUACUGGCCAUGCAACUAAUAUUCCAUUUUGCCAGCUCUAA